CAUGAUAUCAGAAUCUGGUUGUUUACUGCGUUUAGGCGUCUAAGCAUGGAUUUCCUUGGUAAAGGAAACACCUCGAUUUUGAUUCUCUUGGCUACGGCUUUGUUGCUAACCCCAUGGACUGAUACACAAGGAUGUUCGAUUGAAGAGCUAGGUGUUAAGGUGCCAAGCUCGAAAAGGAUUCCAGACAAGUACAUGACAUCAUCAUCUCACCAGAGUAACGGGAACCAGGCUUUCCGCGGUCGGAUUGGUUUGGAGAGCAAAGGAUCAUGGGCAGAUGGAUGGUGUGCUUAACAGAGCGACCCAUGGCCCUACAUUCAAAUCUUCUUCGGACACCUGACAAACUUUUUCGUCAUUGAGUCUGAAGGAGUCGUCAUUGAUCGCGAAAAGAUGUUUGUUCAAACCUAUGAAGUAUCAACCAGCAACGACUCUAAGGCUUGGAGGUUUUAUUCUGACGGAGGCAUUAAAAAGCAGUUUUAAGCAAAUACCGACGUACAAGCAAAGAACGUGACUUUGACAGACACUUGGGCUCAUUAUAUCCGUAUUCAUCCAACAAGCCGCACAGGAAAAUGGAGGUGUAUGCGUAUUGCCCUGUAUGGUUGUCAAUCAGAUGAUCCAAGAAAGUUCCUUGACACUGAUCUCAUUAGCAAUGGAGCACUUGCAGAGAAGCCUUCAAAAGAAACACUCUUUUUAGUCAUCCCAAUUGUAUUGUUUGGUUGUGUGAUCAUUGCUGGUCUCUUAUGCUUCUGCUGUCGUCACAGACCUAAAAGAGCACGUCGAAUACGAGAAAAGAAAGAAAAGAAAGAGAAAGAAGCGCAGCAUCAGGCAGAGACCAAACUUGGAAUUGAUAAUGGUAUAGUCUAUGAGCAACCACCUCCUUAUGAAUUUCAAACUGUCUCCCUUGACUUCGACCACGACAUGGAAGAUGGCGAAAUGCCGAGCAUUCACCCCACCCAGUCGGAAAAACCUGUUUUUACUGACGAUAACAAGUUCUACUCAUUUGAACGGAACGCUAUUGAUUAUUCCUAAGCUGAAACAACGGUCAGAUUAAGCAUGCACUGAAGACGUGUGGGAGUAGUUCUUCUUCUUUCUUCAUUUGUAAUGAUACCGCUUAGAAUGGAAAUUAUUUCAGCUUUUCCUCAGCAUUGAUUUUAUGGCUUUAUCUAUUCCUUGAGGCCAACUCAAAAUGUACAAUAAGGAACUCGUAAGUUCCAUUAUUUAAUAAACUAAUAAAACACUUUGCCGUGGGAAAUAAACAAAUGGCUUUUAAAUCUAUAAAAAAUUAAAAGUAUUUGUACUUCAUAUGAUUUGAGAGGAGAGUUUUGAGUUGAUAUUUCGUCGCCGGUCUAAACUGUUUGCAAUUAGACUUUAGUGGGGAAAAUUUACUAAUUUGUUGUUUGUUGUUUUGCCUUUACCAUUAUUUUUUGGCUUCCUAAAUGGGUACGAUUUGCUAUUUCAUUUUACAGAUUAACGUUUUGAAGUUAAUCGAUUCCCUGUUAGAGUUACUCCUUUUUUAUUCAGAGGCUGCUCUAUCAUAACAAUAAACAGCAGACAUGUGUUGAAUUCAGAGGUCUCCCGUAAGCUGAUAUUCUCAGCAUGAAAACGAAAGGCCGGAAACAAUUAUCAUGGGAAAAGUCCCCAUUAAUUUUUAAUUGCUGUGUGAGCAUGCUCACUAAUAUUACUAAGAAUGGAGAGUUUCCGAAUCGCUUACAGGGCAUCUUUAUAAAAAAAAAAAAGGUCAAAAUAAGUCGAGGAAGAC